AUUCCAUAACAGUCCCAUCAAGCCAUCCCCCAAGAUGACUACCCUCCAACCCAUCAAAGUCUGGGGCGGCUCCUUCGGCCCCAACCCCUUCAAAAUCUCCAUCAUCCUCGCCGAGCUGAACCUCCCCGUCGAGGCCAUCCCCAUCGAAUUCAGCGAACUCAAGAAACCCGCCUACGAAGCCAUCAACCCCAACGGCCGACUCCCGGCGAUCGAGGACCCCAACACCGGCCUCACUCUCUGGGAAUCUGGCGCCAUCAUCGAAUACCUGAUCGAAACCUACGACAAAACCCACCAACUCAGCUUCCCCGCCGGAUCCCACGAGGCACACCAGGCCCGCCAGUGGCUACACUACCAGGUUUCCGGCCAGGGGCCGUACUACGGACAGGCUGUGUGGUUUACACGGUACCAUCCCGAACGCGUCCCGAGCGCGGUGGAGCGGUACGUGAAUGAGAUCCGACGCGUGUCCAAGGUGUUGGACGGGUGGUUGGAAACGCGGGAGUGGCUGGUUGGGGAUAAGAUGUCCUAUGCGGAUUUGGCUUUUGUGCCGUGGCAGAAUGGGGCGAGGAUGAUGCUGGCUGCGGAGGGGUUUGAUCAGAGCGAGUAUCCGCAUUUGACGCGGUGGUUGGAACGGAUGAAUCAGAGGGAGACGGUUAAGGAGUUGACGGCCAAGCAGGAUGCGAUGAUGGCGGAGAAGAUGAAGAAGAUGGAGGCGCAGAAGAAGGAUUAGUAGUACUAGAUAGGUGUCUACAGGGCAUGGGGAAGAGCAAACCCUAUUUAAGGUUGCAGACGGAGUGGGGUAUUCCGUGACUACAAUGAUGUCACCGCUCCCUGUCCCCAACGGAGGCAAGAUUCAUUGGUAUAUAAACAGAGAAGGGAUAUUUUAAUUGUGGUGAGAUAUCUCUAUCAGUUAAUUAAUCAAUUAUUGCCAAACCCAUCAUGUCUGCGGCGCAACCGGCAAUCAAGGAG